UCGCGUUCUUAUCUGAGCAGCGCUUUGGAGAUCCCGAGGAUCUGUAUCUUGCUUCAACAGUGUUUGGACGGAACAGACCCGGGGACUCCCACUUUAUUCACUUCCAGCCGCCUUACAAGUCUCUCCAGUCGCAGCCUCCGGGACCAUCUCCUUGCCGCCUUCGGCUCCUAGGACCAGCCAGCCCCGUCUUCGCGGUUAGUUCCAUACUCCGGAUCAGCCAUGACCUCUCAGAUUCGUCAGAAUUAUUCCACCGAAGUGGAAGCUGCCGUGAACCGCCUGGUCAACUUGCACCUGCGGGCCUCUUACACCUACCUCUCUCUGGGCUUCUUUUUUGAUCGGGAUGACGUGGCUUUGGAGGGCGUAGGCCACUUCUUCCGCGAAUUGGCCGAGGAGAAGCGCGAGGGCGCCGAGCGUCUCCUCAAGUUGCAGAACGAACGCGGGGGCCGUGCACUCUUCCAGGAUGUGCAGAAGCCAUCUCAAGAUGAGUGGGGUAAAACCCUGGAGGCCAUGGAAGCUGCCUUGGCCCUGGAGAAGAACCUGAACCAGGCCCUCUUGGAUCUGCACGCCCUGGGCUCUGCCCGCACAGACCCUCACCUCUGUGACUUCUUGGAAAGCCACUUCCUGGAUAAGGAGGUGAAGCUCAUCAAGAAGAUGGGCAACCACCUGACCAACCUCCGUAGGGUGGCAGGGCCACAACCAGCGCAGACUGGCGUGGCCCAGGCAUCUCUGGGCGAGUAUCUCUUUGAGCGCCUCACUCUGAAGCACGACUAGGCCUCUGUGCCUUCCAAGGGGCUCCCUCCUCUGCUCUGCACCGACCCGACCGCCUCAGCACCUCCACCCGAGUGAACCUCUAAAGCCACUAGGCAGCUUUGUAACCGCCCUGGAGCCUCUCCCAAGUCUUGGACCAAGUAAAAAUAAAGCUUUUUGAAACAGCA